AUGGCCGAGGGCAGCGAGCUGAUGAACAGGCUCGUGAGCGAGAACGCGGACCUGAAGAAGCAGGUUCGGCUGCUGAAGGAAAACCAGAUGCUGCGGCGGCUGCUCAAUGAGAGCUGCCCGGACAGUUGCAGUCGUGGGGGCCGCGAGCCCCUCUUCCUCAAGGCCACCCCCUACCCCGAGACCUGCUCCCCCGGCAGCGGAGGUCCAGAUUUCACAAGGUACACUGGUGUCCCCGGCACGCCACCCCAGCUGCAGACGUCCUCCCUGGAGGACCUCCUGUGCUCACACGCCCCCCUCUCCAGCGAGGACGACGCCUCCCCGGGUUGCGCAACCUCCUCCCAUGCACCCUUUAAGGCCUUCCUUGGCCCCCCAGAGCUGCACACCCCCCGAAGCACCGACAGGAAGCUGUCCCCAAUCCUUAGCCCCUUGCAGGACCCGCUUACAGACAAGACCUUGCUGGAGGCCAGGGAGAUGGUCCGGCCUAAGAAGGUGUGCUUCUCGGAGAGCAGCCUGCCCACUGGGGACAGGACCAGGAGGAGCUACUACCUCAAUGAGAUCCAGAGCUUCAGCAGCGUGGAGAAGGAUGGCCGCAUCGUCGGGGAGAUCGCCUUCCAGCUGGACCGGCGCAUCCUGGCCUACGUCUUCCCGGGUGUGACACGGCUCUAUGGCUUCACGGUGUCCAACAUCCCCGAGAAGAUCAAGCAGACCUCAGUCAAGUCCCUGGACGGCUCCAUAGAUGAGAAGAAGCUGCGUGAGCUGACGCACCGCUACCUGACACUGAUGGCACGGCUGGAGAAGCUGGGCUACAACCGGGAUGUGCACCCUGUGUUCAGCGAGUUCCUCAUCAACACCUAUGGCAUCCUGAAGCAACGGCCUGAUCUGCGUGCCAACCCUCUGCACAGCAGCCCGGCUGCCCUGCGCAAGCUUGUCAUCGACAUCGUGCCCCCCAAGUUCCUGGGUGACUCACUGCUGCUGCUCAACUGCCUGUGUGAUCUCUCCAAGGAGGACAGCAAGCCGCUCUUCGCCUGGUAGUGCCCACGCCCCAGCACCUGCCACCACCUUUCCUGCAAUAAAUGUGUUUGUUCCAAACCUGGGGGCCGCAGUGCCUCCUGCGUGUCCCUCUCAGAGAGGGAAGGGCUGUGUCUGCCCGGACGGCGCCCACCCCCGCCAGGUGGGCACUGCACAGCGCCAGAGAGCAGGGGCCUCUCACGGACCAGGGCAUGAGGCACCACACCUGCCCCCGCACCUGCCCAUCCGUGCCCCAGCAGCCCCGCAGCCCAUACCUGCAAUGCACUUGUUGCACUUAAUUAAACUCAUCUGUUUACUGUU